AUGCCUAUCCACUUGUCUCGGAAACAUCAUCACGAUGGUGGAACGCGAAACAAUGAAAAAGAUGACAAUGAUAUCGAUCAUCAUGAUAGUUUCACAAACUAUUUUCCAAUUCCGCUCUCCAGUGAACUUCAUCAACAUUUGCAACAAUUAAAUUUAAAUAUGCCAAUAGGAGUGAUUGAAACAACAUUGGGAGAGCAGUUUUAUUUCCAGAGAAUCAGUCAUGAUGAGUUUUUGGGACAUCAUAAUUUAGCUGUAAUUGCUGAAAUAAUAUUGAAGAAUAACUCGCGUUUAUCUACUCACAUACAUCUAUCCGGUGAUGUCACAAUCAAUUCCAAUACUGGUAAUUAUGAAACCAUUCGUAGCGAGAAUUCAAAAUCGGCUAGUUCAACAAUUGAAGACGAAGUCAAAAGUUUGAAAGAGACGUGUGAAAAAUGUAUCAAUAUUCUAAAAUUUAGGCAUCCUCUUCUUUGCUCGAUUGCUACACUCAACGAUUCGGUUGUGAGAAAGAAAUUAAGCAAGAGAAGUUUAAAUUCUGCAACAGCUAGAGAAGUUUGGGAGAGAGAAAUUAUUGUAACUCCUGGAGCGAUUCAGUUUGAAAUUGUGGAAAAUGCCGUCGUAGAUAUCGAAAUAUUUGAAAAUGAAGACGACCUUCUAGAGAACACUCAAUCAACCUCUAUUCAAAAUGAAGACGAUUUACUCUGUCAUGUUAUGCAAAGAGAGCUGAAACACUCUUGGAAGUGCCUACAAAAUCCAGGUCAGAUUACAGCCAUGUGGAAAAUGCUUCUUUUCAGAACCACACACACUCAAGGAAGAUGGCUAUGCUGCUUUUCGUUUUUUCAUGCUCUUAGUGACGCUCAAGGCAUCAAACACUUUCUUGAAGAAUUUGCAGCAAUUUUUGAUUACGUUCUAGGUGAACAGGACCAAAAAACGGAAAAAGAAUUGGAAGAAGUGAGGAUAAAAGCAUUGAACGAUAUCACGUCUGUGACACCGAUUUCUCCAAUGCAAGCACUUAUUGAAUUAGAUUCUCUUCGACCCUCAAAGCAACAUCAUUCUCGAACCCUUAGAAGAAGACCACGUAAAACAGAUGUUGCCGUCGACGCUGAGUUGAGAACAAGCUCGUUAAAGGCGUCUGCUUCAACAUCAACAAAUGCCUCUCCAACCUCCACAACAAGUGAGCGAUCAAAUAAUGAGGUGCCGAACAAUAUUUCAAGAGAGCAUCAUCAUGCAAGCAAGGACGUUCCUGGAUUGUUGGGGAAAUGGGGGAAAUUAGUAGAGUAUUCAAAAUUCGUUUCUCGAGUCAUCUCAUAUAAUGGGUUGUCUCCAACCAUUACUUUUCCUCUUCGAGAAUUAUUUCCAAACCCCUCUUUCACAAAGGUGAAAUUAUUGAAAAUUCCAAAACAAGUGUUUGAACAAGUUUUGAACAUCUCCAAGCAACACCAUUUGACAAUAACUUGCCUGCUGCAUGGAAUAUGCACUUUGGCAUGGACGCUGUCAAAUAGACAGUUAAACGAAAAGUCGAAACACAAGACCAAGUUUGGAUUUACAAAUUCGCUCACUGUCGACUUUAGAGAGGGAUUGUUAAUACCUCUGGGAAAGUGUAUGAAAGUAUUUCGAAGUUUUAGUUGCACCAUAUUGGCUCCUGUUAAACUUUCUCUCCCUCAUCGUUCAAUAUCUCAGCUACACCACGAAAACCUUGGUAUUAAGGAAGAUGAAUUACUCAUUCAUAACAUCAACGACCAUGUUCGGUCUAACCACGAAGAUGAACAGAAAACUACUGGAACUCGUUCUCACUUCUCCCAUAAUCAUCUCUCAAAUAGCACUGGAGGAGACCAGAUAUUCAACAGUCAUCACAAACGACAUCAUGACGAAAAUCGUAUUCACUCUUCGAUUCGCAGUCUAAAAGACGUAAUUUUAGACAUUGCUCUUCAAACAAAACACCAUUUAGAGCGCAAAUAUCAUGAUGCUCUUGCCACUUACCAAAUCAUGCACAAAUUUCUUAAAUUUAAUAUUAGCAAAAAAGAGUCUUUUCAAAUUGUUAUGAGCAACAUUGGAAUAGUAGAACCUUUGGUUGGUAAAAGAGUUCGAUUUGAAUUGCUUGCUGCUUCAUAUUCUGCCUGUGGAUCUACAACUGGACUAUCCAACAUUUUUCACACCAAUUCAAAAAGUGGGGAAAUGACAAUUUCUCUGUGUUAUUCCAAUGCCCUAGUAGAGGAAAAUGUGGAGAAAUAUGCGACCUCAAUCAUGGAAUGUAUCAAGGAAUUAGUUGAGGAUGAUAGCUCAUGUGUAUCCAAUCACUCUCCUUUAUCAAUAAUUAUUUCAUCUCCUGAAAAUAACCAUGUUGAACAAAAGGAAACUAUGAUACAUGAUGGUGACGCUCAUAGAAAGCUGAAAACGAAUCCCACUCUUGGAAGUAGUUUGAGUACAGGUCAUACAUUACCUUCCAACAACAGUGUGAGUUGUCAAAGCGAAAGUGCUUCAAGUGCUCAACUCGAAGAAUCCCAAUCUCAAUACUGA